AUGUCAGACCCUCAAUUCGAAAAGGAUUCUUACAACAUCCCACUGGAUUUAACGAUGUUCCACAGUCUAGAAGAACGUGCUCAUUCAUUGUCAGAUGACUUUAAUGGAACAGUGGCGAGAUUAAAAGACCAAAUGAAUCAGAUGUCUACUUGGACAGCUGAUGCUGGUUCAGUCUACACUAGCUCUGUCAAACAACUAUCCAAAGAAAUCGAAGUUUGUACAGGCAAAACUGUAGGAUUGAUUACACAGUGUGACGAAUUGGAUAAGGAUUUUGCGCAGUUGGUUGAUCUUUCAAGACAAAUGUAA